GUAAAUUUAUAUAAUAUCUCUCCGACGCGCCCAAAGUAGCAAAACUCUAGUAAAACAGUCCAACCUUAACAAACCAAGAAUACUUGUUUCCUACUCUUCCACCACAACCUCAAACCUGGCUCCCGAUAUCUGGAAACGCCUAUUCCCACCGCGAACCCGAAGAUCCAUUCUUCAAGUCCCUGCCGGGAUUGUCACUCGCCGGUGCCCCAAUCCCGGAAUGGAGAUUAAUCUUUUCCGGCUGUGUUCCGGCCUCAAAGUCAUCGGCUACUUCAUGAUCUUAUUGGUCGCUGCCAUCGUUGCUGUUUCCUACUACGCCGUCGUCGUGCUGACGUGGGGACCCGAGCUGCGAACCGGUGGCCUCCACUCUUUCUUGGCCAUCUCCAUUAUCGUUGUCUUCCAUUUUCUGCUUAUAAUGUUGUUGUGGUGUUACUUUAUGGUAGUCUUUAGAGACCCUGGUUCUGUUCCGGAAAAUUGGAAACCUCGUACACAGGAGGAAAUUUUGGAGGCUGGUAGUUCUCUAACUUCGACGGAAAUCACAGCACCCGAGGUUUUCAAUUCCACGCAGUCUACAGAUGGUCAAGAAAGAAGACCAGAAGUAGGCUAUUGUAGUCGGUGCCAAAAUGCCAAGCCACCACGAUGCCAUCAUUGCUCUGUGUGUCAAAGAUGUGUACUUAAGAUGGAUCACCAUUGUGUUUGGGUGGUGAAUUGCGUUGGUGCCACCAACUACAAGUCUUUUCUGCUUUUCUUGCUUUAUACAUUUUUGGAGACGACAAUGGACACCUUAGUUUUGCUGCCGAAUUUCAUCAAUUUUUUUUCUGAAGCCAAGAGUCAUUCCACAUCUCCUGGCAAUCUAGCAGUUGUUUUUGUGACUUUUGUGCUUAAUUUGGCCUUCUCAUUGAGUCUUCUCUGUUUCGUGGUUAUGCACAUAUCCCUUUUGUCAAGCAAUACCACUUCAGUAGAGGUUCAUGAGAAGAGAAGAGCAACCAGAUGGAAGUAUGAUUUAGGCAGGAAGAAAAACUUUGAGCAGGUUUUUGGCACAAAGAAAGCACUGUGGUUCUUCCCAUUGUUGUCAAAGGAGGAUUUAGACAACAUACCUGCACUUCGGGGCCUGGAAUUUCCCACAGUAUCAGAUAGCGAGGCUUGAUGCUUGGUGAGCUCAUAUAUUUGCCUCCUUCAAGUCAUUGAAAUAUUUAAUCAAUUCGUGCAUAUUUGUAACAUUGAGUCUGAAAAUUUGUGGUGUACAGUGUUUGCUUUAGUCAACUUUAGGAUCUAUAUUUGGGUCUUUUUGGGAGUUUGGAAGAAAAGGAAAUGAAAAGGAAGACAGUAGUGGACAGGGAAUGAAAUACUGAAGAAUGAUAACAUUGUUUCUUUCUUUUAUUUGGAUGUUUAAAACUUUAAAUUGAAUGGAAGGAAAAGAAUGAUUCCUGUUAAAAAUAAAGGUUUGUUUUUAAAUGAAUGUCACAUUCUUCUUACCAGAGAAACACAAAAGAGUGUCUAUGAGGGAAUUCCUUUUAUUUGUUUUGUA